UUGUUAUGGCAAAGCGGCGGGACCGCUGCGAAGGUAAGAAGACCAGCCCGCACGCGCAGGGGGAGCACUGCGGUGCGGACGGAUAGGACUGGGGGCAAAGCGGCGCCUGCUUUGGUUACCGUUUGCUCACUGAUUGGUCCGCUGAAGCAAUAACACGGUUAACGUUACCCUCCGCGUCCCUGUAAACUUCACGUCCAAAAUAACGGUUUUUACUUGACGGACCAGAUCCUUGAGAGCAUCCCGCCUUAUCACAGCUACCAGAGGAGUCCUCAGAGUCCACAGUGGAUGAGACCACCAUGAGGCUCCCUAAAUGCUGGGCAGCACACAGGUGUGUGUUGGUGGUGGUUGUGGCUUUAGGGUUACUGUGGAUGGUCUCUCUACCGUGGUCGGGGGCAAGAAAGCCUCUGGACUGGCACGUCAAGCAUGCACAUAAAAAGCAGAUGCACGAGCACGUACGCAGAGUGCUGGAGAGUCCGUGUCGUCACGGCAGCACCAGGCGGAGCUUGUCGGCUCGACUCUCCGCUACCAGUCACAUGACCCAGCCCUUUCUGUGGAAGGACGUUCCGCUUCCCGAUGACCUCUUCCGGUAUCCGCCACCAUUUGGCUUCAGAGGACUUGGGGCCAAAGUAGAGGACCUGCUGAACCAGCUGCCAGACUCUGACUCAACUCCCCAGACGGAGAAGACAUCGGAUAAAUGUCGCCGCUGCUUAGUCAUGGGAAAUGGAGGCAUUCUCCGAGGCCUGGAGCUGGGACAACUCAUCAACCGGUUUGACGUGGUUAUCAGGUUGAACAGUGGUCCUCUGGGAGAGUUCAGCGUCGAUGUCGGGAAUCGAACCAGCAUCAGGAUGAGUUACCCAGAGGGCACACCUCUGCACUGGAUCGACACGGACCCACACACUCUGUUUGUAGCUGUGGUGUAUAAAGGUGUGGACAUCAGUUGGAUCUCUGCAAUGAUCAAAAAGCUCUCUGUGCCCUUUUGGGACUGGCUCUUCUUCUGGCAGAAGGUUCCAGAUCGACUCCCUCUCGAGUCCCACAGGGUCAGACUCCUAAACCCACAUGUCAUCAGAGAGGUUGCAUUGGACCUGCUGCAAUACCCUCCACCCAGACCACGCCUGUGGUGGAGCGACCAGAAUGUGCCUACCAUUGGGGUCUCGGCAUUGAACCUCGCCAGUCUGCUGUGUGACGAGGUCAGCCUGGCAGGCUUUGGCUACAACCUCUCCCAGCAGGGGGCGCCGCUGCACUACUACGACCAGCUACCCAUGACUUUCAUGCUGACACAGACGUCGCACAAUGUGGACCGAGAGACCGAGCUCCUGCAGAGCCUUGUCAGAGAGGGAGCCAUCACUGACCUGACGGGGGGGAUUCACUGCUCCUUCUGCCCACCCCCUCACACACACAACGCUGACCCUGUGACCGCCAACAAUGUAAAGCGUUACCCUUUUCUGUCGUAAAGUGAUGGACUUUAGUGAAGCAAGAGGAGCAAAAGAAGAACAACAGACUUGGCCCAGAGAUGGAAAUAAAUCCGUACUAAUAGAUGUAAUACUUGUCACAAAGUGCUUCUUGAAGAACAAGGGACAUGAAAACUAAAUGAAAGUUACUUUGGGAACAUUGGUGCCUAUCGGGCUUUACAAGUCUUUCACUAUUUCAAUAUAAAAGUAUAAAAGAGUUGAUUAUGUUAGAAUUGCUUGCCUCUGGAAGAAGAAAGCAUGUUAUUUAUGGAAGGUAACAUUGGAACAGAGCGGAUCUUCACUUUAAGCUGCAGAAUAACAACGUGGACUGAUUUGCAGCAGGCUUUUACAUAGUUGAAGUGUAUGAAAAUGUAUUUCCUCACAAUUUAAUUUGUACGUUUUAAAGGUCUUUGGCUGGAAAAUCCUUUAUAAUACUAUACUGUGUCAUUCCACUGUAGAUGGUCAGCUAAACAACAUAACAGUGAGUUGUGUCUGUGCUGCUGAUGUUCGAACUUCUUCUGAUGAUUCACAAGAUAUUUUUAUAUUUUACAGCUGCACCUUGUUUAUUCGGCAGUCCUCCAAAAUGGCUGAACUGAAGGAAAGAAAUAGUGGACACAUGAAAUGUGUUAUUUAUGAAUUAUGUGUUUUAAAAAGAAAUGUUUAACAUUUUUA